AUGCAUGAUACAAAUUCGUCAGAGUUCCAAUUGUUCGUUGAUCUUGGUUCGUUGCCAGAAAUCAACUUCCAAUGCCAGGGGGCUCCAUUAGAGUUUGUCGAUGUUGAGAACGCUACAAUUGAUGAGGAGGAAGAGGAAGAAGGAGAGAAAAAGGAGGAAGAAGACAUAGAAGAGGAAGAACAUAUAGAAGAUGAUGAAGAUGAAGAACAAAAAGAAGAAGACGAUAAUUUUGAAGAUGUUGAUAGUGAUGAUGAUGAUGAUGAUGAUGAUGAUGAUGAAUAA